UUUCAGUUGGCCAGGUCAGACAGUUUUCGUCUGGCUGUUACUCCAAGUAUACCAGAUGAUGGAAAGACACCCGAUGGUAAGCCCAAAAUAUUGAAAAAAGCAAUGGGGGCAAAGGCGGGUAAGAAGGGCAAGCCUGACCUUGAUGAACUCAAGCGGGAAGUUGACAUGGAUGAGCACAAGAUUAGUGUGGAAGAAUUAUAUGCUAGGCUGGGAACAAAUCCAGAAACUGGACUUACAACCAUGCAAGCCCGGGAAAUCUUUGAGAGGGACGGUCCAAAUGCAUUAACACCUCCUAAAAAAGUUCCGGAAUGGGUUAAAUUUUGCAAGCAGCUAUUUGGCGGGUUUGCUCUUCUACUCUGGAUAGGUGCAGUCCUUUGUUUUAUUGCAUAUUCUAUUCAAGUAGGAACCUCAGAAGGAAGUGUUGAUGAUAAUUUAUAUUUAGGUAUUGUGUUAGCUACUGUUGUAAUAGUUACUGGAUGUUUCUCAUAUUACCAAGAAGCCAGAAGUUCAAAAAUUAUGGAGUCUUUCAAAAAUAUGGUGCCUCAGUAUGCAACUCUCAUAAGAGAAGGUCAGAAACUUACACUGCCUGCAGAAGAUGUUGUGGUAGGUGACUUAGUAGAAGUUAAAGGAGGUGACAGAGUACCAGCAGAUAUUAGAGUCAUCUCUGCUCAAGGUUUUAAAGUUGACAAUUCUUCAUUAACUGGGGAAUCAGAACCACAAACUCGUUCUCCAGAAAUGACCAAUGAAAAUCCUUUGGAAACGAGGAACAUUGCCUUUUUCUCUACCAACUGUGUUGAAGGGACUGGGCGAGGUAUUGUAAUCAACACGGGUGACCGAACGGUAAUGGGACGUAUUGCAAACCUUGCAUCUGGCUUGGAAAUGGGUGAUACACCAAUUGCAAGGGAAAUUGCCCACUUUAUCCAUAUCAUCACUAGCGUGGCUGUUUUCUUAGGUGUUACAUUCUUCUUCAUUGCUUUCAUUUUGGGUUAUUAUUGGUUGGAUGCUGUUAUCUUUUUAAUUGGAAUAAUUGUUGCCAAUGUACCUGAAGGUCUCUUGGCUACUGUCACGGUAUGCUUGACCUUAACUGCCAAAAGAAUGGCUUCCAAAAAUUGCCUUGUGAAAAAUUUGGAAGCAGUAGAAACAUUAGGUUCUACAUCUACAAUAUGCUCUGAUAAAACAGGUACUCUAACACAGAAUAGAAUGACUGUAGCACAUAUGUGGUUUGAUAAUCAAAUCAUUGAAGCAGACACGACAGAAGAUCAAUCGGGAUUACAGUAUGAUAAAACAUCAUCUGGUUGGAAAGCUCUUUCUCGUGUUGCUCGCCUUUGUAGUAGAGCAGAAUUCAAAUCUGGUCAAGAAAAUGUUCCUAUUCUUAAAAGGGAGUGUAUUGGGGAUGCAUCAGAGUCUGCUAUUUUGAAAUGUAUGGAAUUGGCGACCUCAAAUGUAGCUGCCUAUCGAGAAAACAAUUCUAAAGUUUGUGAAAUACCUUUUAACUCUACAAAUAAAUAUCAUGUGACAAUCCAUGAAACAGAUGAUGCAACUAAUCCCUGUUACUUAUUAUGUAUGAAAGGAGCCCCAGAACGAGUUCUAGAUCGUUGUUCAACAAUCUACAUUAAUGGCAAAGAGAAAGUUCUAGAUGAUGAAAUGAAAGAAGCUUUUAAUAAUGCAUAUUUAGAAUUAGGUGGCCUGGGAGAACGUGUGAUAGGCUUCUGUGAUUAUAUAUUGCCUUCAGAUCAAUACCCAUCUGGUUAUCCAUUUGAUGCUGAUGAACAGAAUUUUCCCCUGGAUAGUUUAAGGUUCUUAGGAUUAAUAUCCAUGAUUGAUCCUCCUCGUGCUGCUGUUCCAGAUGCUGUUGCCAAAUGCCGUAGUGCUGGAAUUAAAGUUAUUAUGGUUACUGGAGAUCAUCCCAUCACUGCCAAAGCCAUUGCAAAAGCUGUUGGUAUAAUAUCUGAAGGAAAUGAAACUGUUGAAGACAUUGCACAGAGGUUAAAUAUUCCAAUUGAAGAAGUUAAUCCUCGGUAA